AUGGGGGCUUUCUCGAUAUUUGGGCGUACAGCGCCAGCAACAGUGCCCACCGAUCGGAUCAUUCCCCUGAGAUACUGGGAUGACUUGCACUACCUACGCAGUCUCUGCCAUGACUUUACCCUGCGCUUUGACGAUGUACUCGAUCCAUGUAAGCUUGAGACAGCGCUGUUAAGGCUGAUGGAAAUUGGUGACUGGGGCCAAUUAGGCGCCCGUCUGCGACUGAAUGCUAAAGGAAAGCUCGAAUACCAUAUACCUGCAAAAUACGAUGACAAGCGACCCGCAUUUGUUUUCACAACAUCAGAGUACGAAAUGAGUAUUCAGGACCACCCGCUUGGCUCCCAACUGCCGGGGGCCAACCAAGACCAGUCUUUUCUGUCGCCAUCUUCUGAUGCAUUUGCUCCAUUGGUCUGCCAUCCAGAUAGACCCAAAGAGCUGGCAGAUUGGAUCUAUACCGAUCGUCCGCAGCUUCAUAUCCAUGUUACUCUUUUCCGAGAUACAACCCUCCUCACGAUGAGCUAUGUGCAUACAUUCAGUGAUGCGAUCUCGAGAACAAACUUCUUCAAUGCUUGGCUGGCUGUCCUCCGCGGUUGUGAGAAAGACGUACCCAUCUUUUUGCCUUAUGAUCUUGAUCCCCUGCGCAAGUUGGGCAAGGAAGCGUCAGGGAAGGACUACAGCAAUUUCGGACGCCUCGUGACCGGUUUGAGCUUGGUGUUGUUUGGAAUUCGUUUCCUGUUCGAAAUGUAUUGGUACCAAAACGUGGAAGAGCAUCCAAUUCGUGUACCGAAACGAUGCGUUGACCGCAUGAGAUCGAAAGUCCUACAAGAACUGGCAACUGCAGAUCCAAAUGGAGCAGACAAACCAUUCGUUAGCGAGGGCGAUGUGAUUAUCUCAUGGUGGGCCAAAGCAUUGACCUCUGCACUGAAAAUUGCGCCAGAUCGGACGGUCAUGGUGAUGAAUGUCUUCAAUGUAUGGAGUCUUUUCCCAGAGUGCUUCCCUCACGGCACCGCAGGGUUCAUCAGCAAUGCCUUCUUCUAUUCAUACACUUUGUUUAAUGCGGGCAAAAUUCGACAAGAUAUCAACCUGGAUUAUAUGGCAUCAACGAAUCGCAGGGCUCUUGUAGAGCACAGAACUAGGGACCAAGUUCAAGCUAUGACCUCCAUUCAGAGAGGCAAUUUCAUGCAAGCAGCACCCGUCGUUGGAGACUCGAAACUUCUGUUUAUGUGUGCUACCAAUCAGCAUAAAGCUAGAUACUUCGAGCUAGACUUUUCAGCUGUUGUUGUCUCUCCUGGUGUCCCUUUGAGCAAGAGGCCCCAUGCCCUGGGUAGACCAUCCUACAUUAACGAUAUUGAGUAUUGUAAGAGUUACCCAACUCGUAAUAUUGUGAGGCUUAUUGGGAAAGAUGCUGCGGGUGAUUGGCAUCUCUUGUUCAAGACUCGAGCUGCAGCGUGGCCAGCAUUCCACAAGCAACUGAUGGAAUUGAUUGAGGCGGAGGACUAA